UGAACUGUGGGACGGAAAGAAGAUGGCGGGACGUUCAAAAGCUCCUUUGACGGUCCGAGUUUACAGCUGAAUGAAUACAGAGGACGCGCCGGUAACGGAGAGCCGCAGCCUUCCCGCCAACCCUGACCAUGGGCGGAGGCCGGACGAAGCCCAAGUCUGCAGUCGGUGUGAUUCACUCCCCGCUGGAGGAGCAACAGGCGACGAAACCAAGAGCAAACCGCCUGAGCAGGAGCUUCAGAUGGAGGCCGGGGUCGGAGCUGGACUCCCCGAGAAGCCAGCAGUCAGAUUUUAAGACCCCCACCAGAAUCCCCAGGUCCAGACCAGCAGGUAGUUUCUGCGGAGAGUCUCCACAUUACGAUUCCGACUUCCAGCAGGAUAUCAUCUGGGAUGCCACCUCCCCUUCGCCAAACAGACGCGGUAAAAGAGGAAAAAGACACCCAUCUGGAGCAGUGAGCAUCUCGGAGAUCGUCAGCAGGAUUGCUCCAAAGCACGGCAGGCCCGAGGAUGCAGAUCCGACUUUACAGCAGUGGAUCGGAGACAGUGCCACCAUCCCCUGCACUCCAGAUGUUAGGCCUCCCAAACCCAAGAAGAAGUCCCCGAGACCGAAUGCCGUCGACGACCUGCUGAAACUCGCCAAGCAGUUUGACUUCAACAUGUUCCGUCAGGAUGAAGAAGAGGUGGAGGAUAUGCACCAGCAGAGCCUCGAGCUCCUGUCUGAGGACGUCCUGGAUUUCGAGAACGGUGUUCAGAGUGAAUUUUCACCCUUGCUUCCUGGAAGCUGUCAACCAGCUGUGAGCACAGCAGCAGGGACAGAUGUGCAGCUUCAUCCGGAUCAACACACGGAUGACGAUUUGGAUUUUCUGUUCGAUGGGCCGACUCAGCAUGUGAGCGGAAAUCUGAGUCAGGCGUCCUCAGCUCAGUCACAGGUCAAACCUGCUCUCACAUUACCUUCCAAAGAAGCUCCUGGGAAACCGUCCACUUCCUCGAGUUGUCCCACUUCAGCUGUUUCCAUGCCAGAUGGAAACGGUGCGUCAGCGAAGGACUUCGAGGACGACUGGGAAGAGGAUGACCUGCUAAACAGUUCUGUGGUGUUUGAGAUGACGCAAAAUCCUCUGAAGUUCAUCGCUCCAAAGCUCUGCUCCACCCAGAAAACUGCUAGUAAGGAGAAUUAUCAAAGGAAAACUCCAGCUGCUGCCAGUGUGGCUGUAAGACUCGGCCAAUCAGCUGGAUCCAAAGUGGAAAAGGAAAACGUUAGGCCUAGAGCGACUUUCAAACUGGAGCCUAAUCCUAAUUUCUCAGUGGAAAAGAUUCAGAAUCCAAACCGGCAGGUGGAUUACAGUUCAAAUUCCACUGACAAAGACUCUCAGCAGACUAGGUUCUCAACAAAAGCUGGAUCUUGGCGUGCCCGGCAAACCUGUCAGUCAAACCCGAUGAAGCUGGAUCUGCAGAAACCACAAUUUGACCAAAGGAUUUCUGCUGGAAGCUCCUGGUCUGCUGUUCCAGAGACCAAAAACACUCCAAACUUUCCAAAGAAAUCUGAAGUUUCUUCCCACAGCGAAGCACCUGCUGUCUCCGACUUCCUAGAUGACGAUCUGGACUCUUUCUUCCUGUCAGAUCUGCUCUGGGACGAUCCGGCUGACGAUGACCUGCUGUGUGAGGUGUCUGAGGACAUGGAGAACCAGAUCCAGAGUGUGGUUCAAAAACCGGCUCCUCUUAUUGGUCAGAUUCCAAACCAGAGCGCAGCUCUGCAGCCAACCAGCAGAAACGGACAUGACAACAGGAUCCAGCAGCCGGUCCCCCAGAAACCAACUCCUCCCUCCCCAGGUGCAGGUAGACCAGCUGGCAGUUCAUUGGAUGGUGGAUGUUUUUCCAGCAUCACUGCAAAGGUGAAUGCUGUGAACGAGUCUCUGAGGUUCACACAAACAAAAACAGUUUCAGGAUCCACACUCGGGUCAGCGUGUCUGCAGGGGAGCAGCCGGGCCCAGCCAGCUGCGGCACCACAGCGACAACAGCAGCAGCAACCUCUGCAGAGACAACAGCAGCAGCAACCUCUGCAGAGACAACCGCAGCAGCAACCUCUGCAGAGACAACCACCGCAGCAACCUCUGCAGAGACAACCACCGCAGCAACCUCUGCAGAGACAACCACCGCAGCAACCUCUGCAGAGACAACCACCGCAGCAUGGGUUGACACAACCGAGACCGCCGCAGCAGCAGGCCACCAAAAACCAAUUCACCUUCAAGAGGCCAAACAACCCAGUUUACACAGCGACCAACAAAGCUGCAGUAAAAUGUUCGGCUGCAGAGAUCGAGCUGAAGAAGCAGCAGGCGAUGGAGCGGAGACGGCAGCGACUGCAGGCUGCCCAGAAUCUCCGAGCGCCGACGUGAGGGAGCCGGACCGACCCGGAAAGAACCGACCCCCAGGACUGAGCGCAGUAAACGGGGUCAAUACGUCACCUCGGCUGCCUGAGGAUCGAAGCAGGCGGACACGCAGACAGCAGCUGCUGCUGCUCUCUGAUUUGG